AGGCCGCCAUGGCGCUGGACCACCGGCGCGUGCCGGGCCCCGAGGAGUCGCAGGCCCCGCUGCUGUUCGCGGUGCCCGGCCAGGCGGACCCGGCGGCGCCGGGCCGGGAGGCGGCGGCGCUGCGGCCGCUGCUGGCGCGGGCCGGGCUGCUGAGCCAGGCCGAGGGCUCGGCCUACGUGGAGCUGGGCGGCGGCACCAAGGUGCUGUGCGCCGUGCGCGGGCCGCGCGAGGCGGCCGAGGGCCGCGGCCGGCUGCUGUGCGAGUUCCGCCGCGCGCCCUUCUCCGGCCGCGGCGCGCGCCCGCGGCCCGGCCCCGCCGCCGCCGCCCGCGAGCGCGAGCUGGGCCUGGCGCUGCAGGAGGCGCUGGCGCCGGCCGUGCGCCUGGCGCGCUACCCGCGCGCGCGCCUGGAGCUGACGGCGCUCGUGCUGCAGGACGGCGGCUCGGCGCUCGCGGCCGCGCUCUCCGCCGCCGCCCUGGCGCUGGCCGACGCGGGCGUGGAGAUGUUCGACCUGGUGGUGGGCUGCGGCCUGUGCCGCGCGCCCGGGCCCGGCGGCGCCUGGCUGCUGCAGCCCAGCGAGGCCGAGGAGCGCGCGGCCGCCGCCCGCCUCACCGUGGCCCUCAUGCCCGGCCUCAACCAGGUGGCCGGGCUGCUGGGCAGCGGCCAGGGCGGGCCGCCCGAGAGCUGGGCCCAGGCCGUGCGCCUCGGCCUGGAGGGCUGCCAGCGCCUCUACCCGGUGCUGCGCCGCAGCCUGCUGCGCAGCGCCGAGCGCCGGGCGGCCGAGGGCCCGCGGGCCGGGGGGGCCAGCGCCUGAGCCGCGGCGGCCCCCGGAACCGGCACCAACGGGUCCCCCUUCCCCAGGGAAACUGAUCCAACCCCCGGUCCUCCAGGAUGAGCAGGGUCUGGGACAGAGAUAAUCUGGGGGGGGGGUGUCCCAGCAGUACCCCCCCUUUCCAGAGAUAAUCGGGGGUGUGUGUGUCCCAGCAGUACCCCCCCUUUCCAGAGAUAAUCGGGGGGGGGUGUCCCAGCAGCCCAGCACCCCCCUUUCCAGAGGAAAUCUGGGGGGGGUGUCCCAGCAGCCCAGCACCCCCCUUUCCAGAGGAAAUCUGGGGGGGGUGUCCCAGCAGCCCAGCACCCCCCUUUCCAGAGGAAAUCUGGGGGGGGUGUGUCCCAGCAGCCCAGCACCCCCCUUUCCAGAGGAAAUCUGGGGGGGGUGUCCCAGCAGCCCAGUACCCCCCUCCCAGAGGAAAUCUGGGGGUGCCAGUGGCAAAUCUGACUUGAGAUCAGUCCCCCCUCACUGCUGGGGAGCAGGGCAGCAGACCCCCCCAAAGCUAGCUGAGACCUGCCCCACUGCUGGGGGGGAGCAGAGCCGCAACCCCACCCUCCUGCUGCUGGACUGCUAAGGGGACCAAGUGAUUGAUCCACGGAGCAGCGGCACCUCCAAAGGAAAAGCCCCACUGGGAUCCAACAAGGGGGUAGUGUGACCGGAGCCCCAGGCUGCUGCUGGGGCCGCUCCACUCAGCAAGGAAAAGUGAGCCGAAUUGGGGCCUGUCUACCAAGGGGAGCGCAUCAGAGACAUUUCCACUGGGGAUCGAGCAGCCCCCAUGCCCUGAGGAAUAUUCUGCACCAGCAUGAUGGCAAAAUUGUGGACAUUUCAAUCGAAAUUGGGACUGAAAACAGGAGGCGGACUCUGGAGAUUGAACAUAUGGAGGGAUUUUUUUUCUUUUCUUCUCAACUCCAGUACUGAGUGGGGUGAGCUGGAGACGUCUUGUAGAAGAGACUUUACAGAUGGGAGUUAACACUGCAGAAGUUAUAGAAACUGUGGCAAACCUUAGGGCAAGUCCCCCAUACGCAGUGACACACUGUGCCCAUGGCAGCUAUCAUCCACCAUACUCUUAAGUGUUUUUUUAAGUAUCAUAGAAAUGGUUUUUGUACUUUAUGGUUAAUACAAUUCAGCACAUGCCACUGAGAUAUGAACUGGCUUCUGCAGGUUGUGGGUUCAUUUCAUUGAUAUUUUGGUGUGUAGGAAUGUAUGUAGUGUGUGCUCCAGAAAAAAACUGCCCCUCCUGCCUUAGAUUUUUAAAAGGUUUCUGUUGACUCCUAACUGAUUGCUAGGAUAUGGCAAGAAAUACUGCUGGUCAGCAGACAUCUGUUUUAUUGGAUGGUUUGAAAUGUUUUUCUAUGAUUUUUUGUGACAUUUGUUGAUUAUAUCUUAACUCUUCCCCUGAAAAUCAAGACUGCAUUUUUCAUGGUGUUCAUUUCACUUUCCCUAAAAAUGGAGGGACCCAUGCUAGUGUAGGCUAGUGUGAUUAUUUUGGUUUGAUCUGGCCCUUUCUUGUUACCUCUCUGGAUGCAACUCUGAUCAGUAGGGGUUCUUUACUGUCUGUCAAUGGCAUCUCUGCAAAUUAAGCAAUUAACUCAAAUUCUCCAUACAGUGGAC